ACCCCGCGACGCUGAGCCGAUGGACGGGCUGGAGGAGGGAGGGAGACCCCAUGGGGAGGCUCUGAGAGGGAAGAGGAGCCCACGGUCGUCCUCGCCUGAAAGGGGCUGACUGAGGAAGGCACCGGGUCUAUUUGCUGUUGUGUCCCGGCCCUCAGUGAGAUAAAGAUAAAUCAGGCAGACAGUGACCCAGGGACAGGGAGACCCCAUUUCGAUAUGAAAUGUCUGCAGAGAGCCUGGUGCCCGCCCCCACCUCAGCCCUGGGGAAAUGAGAGCCAGGCUCCGGGGGAGGGCAGUUCCCCUUCCUGUGGGCUGAGGAUGAGACAACCCCAUGACAAGAAGGACCCAGCCUCCGAGCGGCCACACCCUGUGUGUGUCUCUGUCCUGCCAGCACCGAGGGUUCAUCCAUCUGCAGAGCCCGGGGUCACUGGGAGGAGACGCCAUGACCCCCGCCCUCACAGCCCUGCUCUGCCUCGGGCUGAGUCUGGACACCAGGACCCACGUGCAGGCAGGGCCCCACCCCAAACCCGCCCUCUGGGCUGAGCCAGGCUCUGUGAUCAUCCGGGGGAGCCCCGUGACCAUCUGGUGUCGGGGGAACCUGGAGGCCCAGGAGUACCGUCUGGAUAAAGAGGGAAGCCCAGACCCAUGGGACACACAGAAACCACUGGAGCCCAAGAACAAGGCCAGAUUCUCGAUCCCAUUCACGACAGAGCACCAUGCAGGGAGAUUUCGCUGUUACUAUCUCAGCUCUGAAGGCCGGUCAGAGCGCAGCGACCCCCUGGAGCUGGUGGUGACAGGAGUCUACAGCAAACCCACCCUCUCAGUCCUGCCCAGCCCUGUGGUGGCCUCAGGAGGGAACGUGACCCUCCGAUGUGGCUCACAGCGGGGAUAUCACCAUUUUGUUCUGAUUGAGGAAGGAGAACACAGGGUCCCCCGGACCCUGGACUCACAGCAGCUCCACAGUGGGUGGUUCCAGGCCCUGUUCCCUGUGGGCCCAGUGACCCCCAGCCACAGGUGGACGUUCAGAUGCUAUGGAUACUACAGCAACACCCCCCAGGUGUGGUCCCACCGCAGUGACCCCCUGGAGAUUCUGGCCUCAGGCGUGUCUAGGAAGCCCUCCCUCCUGACCCUGCAGGGCCCUGUCGUGGCCCCUGGAGAGACCCUGACCCUGCAGUGUGGCUCUAACGUCGGCUACGACAGAUUUGCUCUGUACAAGGAGGGGGAACAUGACUUCCUCCAGCGCCCUGGUCAGCAGCGCCAGGCUGGGCUCUCCCAGGCUAACUUCCCCCUGGGCCCUGUGAACCGCUAUCACGGGGGCCAGUACAGAUGCUACGGUGCAUACAACCUCUCCUCCGAGUGGUCGGCCCCCAGCGAUCCCCUGGACAUCCUGAUCUCAAGACAGUUCAAUGACACGGUCUCCCUCUCGGUGCAGCCGGGCCCCACGGUGGCCUCAGGAGAGAACGUGACCCUGCUGUGUCAGUCAUGGGGACAGUUCCACACUUUCCUUCUGACCAAGGAGGGGGCAGCCCAUCCCCCGCUGCGUCUGAGAUCAAAGUACCGAGCUGCUAAGUACCAGGCUGAAUUCCCCAUGGGUCUUGUGACCUCAGCCCACGCGGGGACCUACAGGUGCUACGGCUCACUCAGCUCCAACCCCUAUCUGCUGUCUGUCCCCAGUGACCCCCUGGAGCUCGUGGUCUCAGGACCCUCUGGAGACUCCAGCCCCCCACCCACAGGGCCACCGUCCACCCCUGAAUCAGAGCUUUGGGUCCCAACCCCCAGCAGACGCCCUCCUGGAGGGAGAAGAAUUCAGGUGCCACCUGACCCUCUCCUUGUCUCCCCUGGCAGCUCCCCAGCACUCAGCGCACACCUGAGCCUCACAGGGACCCGCACCUGCUCCCGCAGCAGCUCAGGGACUGUGCACAGCUCCUCUUCUGCUCCAAUGACCACAUUUUUUAUUUGGGUUUUUAAUCUCGUACUGGCCUUUUUGUGCAAGCUGGCGAAAGAAGAUAUGCAGCAUCACCUAUUUUUUAUUCUCACCCAGUUUUGUAACAGCCCUGAUCUUACACACUCCCUAGGUUUGGUAAACCUCAGGUAGAAAUGUGGACUUCCCUUGUUCUGGACGUUUGCUAUGGAGGGGGUAGGGCUUAUCUUUUAAGAAAAAGUCAAGUGACUGGCACUACUCCCUGAAACCCGACAGCACUUUCCAGCUCUCAGAGGGAGAGAGAGACAGAGACAGAGACAGGGACAUGCUGGGGCCGCCCUUUCCUGGGCAGUUCAUCCUGGCCUAGUCUCAAUCCACCAAAGCCCCGAAGCUCAGCUCCCCUGCUGCUCUGCCUUCCCCUCCACCCCAUAGACAAGCGGUCAUUCCUCUCUGAAGAACAGGCUGAGACCUUUCUGGGACCUGCUCUUUCUGGAGCCUCUGAUGCUCCCUGUCUGGGUCUCCACGCGCCUCCUUCCUGCCUCUUUUUCCUACUGAGGAAUCAGCUUCAGUGUCACCUCCAAGUGUGACCUUCACUGAUGACACAGCUCAGCCCAGACCUGCCUGCUUCUCAUCUAUGUCAAGUAAUCAACCUACACCGUGCAGCUGAACUCCCUCUCUCUCUUUCACCAUCUCUGCACAUACACAUAUGUGUGUCACACCGACAUCUUAUGUGACAUUAAAACCUCGUUAUCUGUAUAUGUAUACAGAUAAUAUAUACUCACACAUAAAUAUAGAUCUCUACCCGUACAUCUAAAACUAUCCCUGUGACUGGUAACUUUCCACUAUUGUGGUUUCAGAUGUUUGUUCAGAUGCUUGUUCAGAAAGCAGAGAGAGCUUUUAGGGCCCACCAUAUAUAUAACAUAGAUUUCUA